UCUGUAUAAAAUCAGGCCCCGUUCGCGCAGCUUCGCGCUCCGGCCCUACCGAGCCCACUGAGGAUCGAAAUAAACCCACAAGCAGCCAAACCCCGAGAACUUAAAAAGAAAGUUUGUAGCGUGCGAAAAUUUGGGAAUUGAAAUGGCGGCAACAGAGAGUGGGAAGCUGAUGUACAAGAUCUACAGGGCGCUGAGCUACGGUGUAUCGCCGGCGCUGAACCUUCACCUACGCUAUCGCAGGCUCCGAGGCCGCGAGCACCCUGACCGCUGGACCGAGCGCCUUGGCCGGGCCUCUCUCCCACGCCCCCCCGGCCCACUCCUCUGGUUCCACGCCGUCUCUCUAGGUGAAGGAAUGUCGGCGAUUCCUAUAAUCAAACAAUGCAUAAAGCAAAGCCCUGAUUUGAAUAUCUUGAUGACAACAACAACAGUAUCCGCAUUCGAAGUAAUAGAUAAACGGCUUCCGAGUGGUGUGAUAUAUCAAUUUGCGCCAAUUGAUACUCCAACUGCAGUGGGCGCUUUUCUUGACUAUUGGAAGCCAAACGCAAUUGUCUUAAUAGAGAGUGAAUUGUGGCCAAAUCUUAUUAUGAGUGCUUCAGAAAAUGGUAUAGUUUUGGCACUAUUGAAUGCUCGGAUGUCUACAAAAUCCUUCAAGCGUUUUUCCGGACCCAUGCUACUUCCACUUAUUUCAUUGAUGCUUUCAAAAUUUUCUUUGAUUGUCCCAUUGAGCACUAUGCAGGCAAUCCACUUUCAGCUACUACAAGCCCCUCCCUUUGUCAUAAACUUUUCUGGUGACUUGAAAUAUGUGGUAGAAGAUUUUGAUGUUUCUGGGGGGUAUUCAAGAAGUAUAGAAGAUCUGAAGAUACAACUUGCCCAGAGGCAGGUUUGGAUGGCGUCUUCCAUACAUAGGGGUGAAGAAGAAAUAAUGCUAGGAGUUCAUAGAGUGCUCACGCAAAUCCAUCCAGAUAUGGUCACUAUACUUGUGCCUCGAGAUCCACAACAUGGACUUGAAAUUGCUCAGGAAUUGCAGAAAGAAGGGCAAAAUGUAGCAUUGAGGUCUCAGCAUGAAAAACUUGAGGCAGGAACUAAUAUAUAUGUCGUGGACACAUUAGGUGAGUUGAGACAACUUUAUAGUUUAACCCCAAUAGCUGUAGUUGGAGGUUCGUUCUUCCCUGGUUUAGCUGGCCAUAACAUAUCAGAAGCUGCUGCAGCUGGCUGUGCUGUUUUGACUGGUCAUCAUGUUGGGCAUUUCUCACACAUGGUACUUGAGAUGCAGCGGUUAAACCCUUUGUCUGUUCUUCAGGUUUCUGGAAAAUUAGAGCUUGAGAAAGCACUCAAAGAGCUCUUCAGUGAUGCUAAAGUUCUGGAAGCGCGUUGCACAUCUGCGAAGCAAGCAUUUCAUGCUUUGUCCAGUGGUAUUGUCACCAAUGUUUGGAAUCUACUAAAUUCCCAUGUUCUCAAAGGGCUCUUUGCUAGAAGUAAAUGAAGUCUGGCAUGCAACACAAGUAAAUGUGACAGUUAAGGUUGUGCAUUCUACAACAGUGAAGUACUUGUUGAUGUGUUGGCCUCUAGCGGCUUGGAUCUAGCAAACUUUCUGAUCUACCUGUUUUUCUGAAUUUCAAGCCUGGGAGCUCAAAACAUUGAAUAAUAGAGAAGGAGACAGAUUGCCUCUGCCGUGUUGCUCCUUCCCCUACUGCUGCAGCUGCUGCUCUAGCAUGUCGAUCUUCUUGCAAGGCCUUGAAGAAGUGGUAUAGAGUCCCUCCGUGAGAACAAUCCCAGCUUUUACACAGCCACAUGACAAGAGAAUCUAUUCAUGUUCAGACCGCCUCCAAGGGACUGGAUUAUCUCUUAGAAGUGAAACUCGUCGCAAGGUAUGGCCAGUGGACCACUCUUGCUGUGACCAUACUCUUCAUAAGCCUGGUCUAGCAACUCUCGAAAUACUGGGUGGUUCACGUAAUCUGCUCUUAUAACAAACCUUCGGCUAGCUUCUCCCACUAUAACGGCCAAGUGGCCCGGAGGAACAUCCCAGGGUGGUUUCUUCUCAUCACCUCUGGCAAACCUCCGCCACAUGCAAGCUAUCCUUUCAAGCUUCACAAUGUUACAUAUGUCACAUCUGGAAUGCUCAGUAGGAGCAGCCAUUGCAUGAGGUCUCAAGUAUUCAUGUGAAGGAUUUAGGAGCGUAGAGUGGACAUGGUGGUGUAUUUAUCAGGGAGGGAUUUAUCCUCUGCAGUAAGGUCCUGUACAGUUUGUUCUUUUACAUAUCACUAGGACCCAUAUAUUUAGUAGUUACGCAGCCCUUUGUCCUUUUUAGAGAAUGACUGAAGGGAUCCCUAGCUUUUGUCAAAGUUUGAUUACUGCAUGACUAGCAUGCAUGAUGCUAUCAAGUGAUUAGGGUUUCCCACGGUAGCUUGUCACUGUUACUUUUGCAAUUCGUUUUUUCAGACAGUUUUCCACUUCUCACAUGCUCUAAAGUUGAAUUGAGGUCCCAACAA